GAAUGCAAAAACUGUAUAUUUUUCCAUGUUACAAACUCACAAUUGGGUACAGAUUAGGUGUUUAUAUACAGAAUAUAGCUAGUAUAUAUAAUAUAAUGUAGGAGAAAAAUAAGGUAUCAAGUCCUAAAGUUAAGCCAUAAAAUCAAUACAGAUUCCUAUAAUCCUCAUAAUUAGUUAUUUACAUUAACACCCCUUCCCCUCAAACUCAAGGUGGAAUUGUGGAUGUGAAGUUAAGUUUGGAAACAAUUUUUUGAAAAUGCCAAGGAAAGUGAAUUUUGGUGAAGAUAUCAGUUACUUCAGAUGAGAAGGAUAAAGGAACAAGAUUAAUAGUAGUAACCAGAGUGAGUCUGAAAGUGGUAGGUAAUCAAUCUCAAUACAACAUCAUUACAAGAAAUUUGAAUAAUACUUGGAUUAUCACAAUGAAGAACAAUAACCGUUGAUGAAGUGAUACUCAAAUCCUCAAUUGUUUACUAGAGGCCCAAAAUGUUGGCAGUAUAAGUUUGGAUAAUCAAGAGGAGUGCCAUCCAUCGAGGUAAGUUUAGCAUUGGGUUCCAAAGAACUUAAAACGACUUUGCCAUAGUAGCCUUCAUUAUUGGCCGAGAUUAGAGUUUAAUGUACUUUUUGGUUCCCUCUUUGCAACACAGUUGCGCGGUAUGCGAAAGUUGUUCCCUAACAUGCUUUCUUCCAUGUGCUUAUUUUUGAGAAGGUCGAUGAAACAAACACCACUGUUGAUUAAUGAGAGUUCCAAUAAGGACAACGUAGAGUAACAACUGAAUGACUGUUUUCUUUCCAUGCAGUAUCUUAAUUUCAGAUACAAUAAAGGGUUUGAUCAUCUAUACAUACAUAACCUACUUUGUAAUACUUUGUUUGUUUUAUGAUUUUAUACUUUCUUCAGAACCUUGGUGCCAUGAGUUGCAACGGUCUUCACAUUCUCUUCCUUUGUGUCAUAUUAUCACGUCUUUUGAAGUUCUCUUCAUCUUUUGUUGUUUGCACCAACUCAAGUGGGAGUGGCUUCCCUGAGGCUCCUCUGAAAAUCUGUUCUUGCGAUGGAAAGACAGAGGCAUGUUGUAACGCUGGUGAAGCAAGGUUUCAGAAACAAUUGCACGAGUUAAACGUCACUAACCCAAAUUGUGCUUCAUCUCUCCUCAAGUCCAUUUUAUACGCGAUAAGUGAUGGUCAGUUUUCUGAAAAAUCGUUCCAAACUGCCUCAGGCAUUAAAACUGUUCCCCUUUUGUGCAACACCACAUUACCAGUUAAGUCACAACAAUCCAGUGGUGAUUGUUCUUUUGAUUUCUGCACAAAGAUUUGGGAAACAUGUGAAAAUGUUUCUAUAAUUAAUUCCCCAUUUGAAUCUUUCUUACAAGACAAAACUGGCAAGGACCUUGGCUUCUUAACUUCAACAGUGAGAGAUAUUUGGAAGUCUAGGAGAAGCUUUUGUGAGACAUUUUGUGGAUCUUCAGAAGAUGAAAAAGCAUGCUUCAACGGUGAACCAAUUUCAUUGAACAAUGAACAAACCCCCUUUUUUCCUAAGGGUCUAUGCUUGGAGAAAAUUGGAGAAGGGUCAUACCUUAAUAUGGCUCCACAUCCUGAUGGUUCUAACCGUGCCUUCUUUGCCAAUAUGCAAGGAAAGAUAUGGUUGGCAAAGAUUCCUGUUGAGGGGUCCAAUGAGAUUUUGGAAAUUGAUGAAUCCAAAACCUUUUUAGACAUCAGUGAUGAUAUUAUAUUUGAUACUGGGCAUGGUUUAUUGGGAAUGACAUUUCAUCCAAAUUUUUCACAAAAUGGCCGCUUCUUUCUCUCUUAUAAUUGUGAUCAGAUGAAAAAUCCUAGAUGUUCUGGAAGGUGUGCGUGUAACUCGGAUGUGAAUUGUGAUCCUUCAAAACUUGGUGCUAGAGGUAUCUUCCCAUGCCAGUAUCACAAUGUCGUAGCAGAAUUUACAGUCAAUGGCUCUUCAUCAAAGCCUUCCUUGGCUGAAAGUGCCAAUCCAUCAGAAGUGAGAAGAAUAUUCACAAUUGGUGUUCCUCAAAGUGGAGGUCAUGCUGGUCAGAUUUUGUUUGGACCUGGUGAUGGAUAUUUGUACCUCAUGUUGUCUGAUGGCUAUAAUCGUGAUGAUCCUUACAACUUUGCCCAAAACAAGAAAUCCUUAUUGGGAAAGAUUUUGAGAAUUGAUGUUGAUAAUAUACCCACAGGUCCCAGAGAAAUAAAUGAGAUGGGCUUGUGGGGAAAUUAUUCUAUACCUAGAGAUAAUCCAUAUGUCAGUGACAAUGAACUUGAGAGAGAGAUAUGGGCCAUUGGUUUCAAGAAUACUUGGCGCUGUAGUUUUGACUUUGAGAGACCAUCCUAUUUUCUAUGUGGAGAUGCUGGCCAGGAUCAAUACGAAGAGAUUGAUGUGGUUAAGAAGGGUAAGAACUAUGGUUGGCGAGUCUACGAGGGUCAUUUUCUUUUUCAGGCAUUAGAGUCUCCUGGAGGAAACACUUCUGCUAGUUCCAUACACCCAACAUUCCCUGUAAUGGGUUACAAUCAUUUUGAGAUUGAGAACAAUACGGGAUCUGCAUCCAUCAUUGGUGGCUAUUUUUAUCGGUCCAUGACUGAUCCUUGCAUGUAUGGAAGGUACUUGUACACAGAUCUUUAUGCAGGGUUUAUUUUUGUGGGUACAGAAAGUCCUGAAGGCAGUGAAAACUUCAGCAGUGCCAAGAUUUCUUCUAGGUGUGCUCAUGACUCACCAAUGCCAUGCUCUUUUUUGAAGGGAAAUCCUACUCCUUUGUUAGGGUAUGUGUACUCGUUAGCAGAAGAUAACAACAAAGACAUAUAUUAUCUGACAAGCACUGGUGUUUACAGAGUUGCACGACCAAGUCGUUGCAGUUACUUUUGCACCAAGGAAAAAGUUGGUCUUGGAAAUAACAGGCCUCAUUCUUCUUCCUCAUUUUGUGAAGGUUUUGGUUUUCUUAUGUUGUUCCUCUCUCUUACCAUACAUUAUAUCUUAUGAUCUAAAGUAGCAGUAAUAUUAUUCGGGCAAUUCCCACCCAAAAAGGAUGUAUCUCAAGCAUUAAGCUGAAUGUGCUGCAUUGAACCUUUUUUUUUUUUUUUUUUUUCAUUUUUCAACAUUUUGUGCUUAAUACAGUAGUAUGAAUUAUAACUGGUUUGUAUCUGAACUGGCUUCUGCUAAGGUUAUAGA